UGUGCCAGCGUGACCAGGUGAGAGAAAGGGAAAGUAAAGUAACACAACGUUUAUGGUUCGUGACUGUGAUACUCUCAGUGUGGGUGUGGAACUGUGGAUAGCUCAGAGUUGUAGUGGCGCCGGCGAGAAGGUGAACGAUGGCAGCGAAUGUCAUCGACGGCGGGCAAGUCAGGAAUAAGCAGGUGUUACUCAAGGACUUCGUCACUGGCUUUCCCAAGGAGUCCGACAUGCUCUUCACCACUUCCUCUGUCAAUAUGAAGCUUCCCGAAGAUUCCAAUGGCGUCUUAGUGAAGAAUCUCUAUCUUUCUUGCGAUCCCUACAUGCGAAUCCGUAUGUCCAAACUAUUGCGUCCUUCGUACAUUGAUUCAUUCCAGCCUGGUUCGCCGAUAAAUGGAAUGGGGGUUUCAGAAGUUAUUGAUUCUAAGUAUCAAAACUUGAGCAAAGGUGAUCUAGUUUGCGGAAGAACUAGGUGGGAAGAAUAUAGUGUGAUCAAUUCACCUGAGUCCCUGUUUAAGAUACAACACAAAGAUAUCCCUCUUUCCUAUUAUAUUGGCAUACUUGGUAUGCCUGGUUUGACUGCAUAUGCGGGAUUUCAUGAGAUUUGUGCCCCUAAGAAAGGGGAGACUGUAUUUGUAUCAGCUGCAUCUGGAGCUGUAGGUCAACUUGUUGGUCAGUUUGCUAAGUUGAUGGGUUGCUAUGUUGUCGGAAGUGCCGGAAGCAAAGAAAAGGUUGACCUGCUUAAGAGCAAGCUUGGAUUUGAUGAGGCUUUCAACUACAAAGAGGAAACUGACUUGGAUGCUGCUUUGAAAAGGCAUUUUCCCGGGGGAAUUGAUAUAUACUUUGAGAAUGUUGGAGGGAAGAUGCUGGAUGCAGUGUUACUCAACAUGAGGAUCCAUGGCAGAAUCGCUGUGUGUGGAAUGAUUUCACAGUACAACCUUGAAGAGCCUCAAGGUGUACACAGUCUGAUGAAUCUUGUGUACAAACGGAUUCGAAUGGAAGGGUUGCUGUCUUUCGACUAUUACCAUCUUUACACAAAGUUCUUAGAGAUGAUGAUUCCACAGAUCAAAGAGGGCAAGAUUGUUUAUGUGGAAGACAUUGCUCAAGGCCUUGAGAGUGGCCCUUCAGCCCUCGUUGGCCUCUUCUCUGGCCGUAAUGUCGGCAAACAAGUUAUAGCGGUUGCUCCACAAUGACUCUGCAUCCUCUAUAUCAAAUAUUUCAUGGUAAGCAGUAUAUUAAGAGAAGGAAGUAGAAAAAAAUAAGGUGUGUAAAAUCCUCUAGAAAAUAGUUUUGGGCCUCUAGUGUUGUAAGAAAGAAACAGGGUCCAGAUUUAAUUUUUCAGAAGUUAGACAAGCUUGUGAUUGGGAGCCUGCUUUGUCAUCUUGCAUCAGAAGUGAGGCAGAUAUCUGGCUUGGUUUAUAAUGAGAAGCUUUUGAUUUAUUUUGAUGUCUUGAUAUAAGAUCUCGUCUAACGAAUUAAACUCGUACUGUUAGGUACUAUACGACUAUUUUU